AUGUCUCAACAAUCAGGUGAACAAGGCUCUUCUUCUCACGAGAAGAAACGGUUGCCAUCAUCUUCAGUUGACCUUAUUAAAAGUAAGAAGAAGAAACAUACCCCAAAGGAAGUGAAAGUCCUUAAAGCUGAACACUAUAAUUCUGUAAAGCAAGUUCUUCAGCUAUUGAAAUCCAAGAACAGUCAAACUGAGGCUUCCACUUCAGUAACCAAGAAUCAAAAGAAAAGGUCAUCAAAGAAGAAGACUGAUUUGCCUGAUGUCACUGUUCCUCACAUCAGACUCAUUCUGGAGAAUGUCAGUGCUCGGUUGAAGGACGAAACAUUGCAAGAUGAGUCCGGUCAAUUACCACCUCCAUUGGAAAUCAAAAAGGCUUUAAAAACAAAACAACAAUUGAUUGACUGUCUCACUAAUUACCCACAACAUGAGACCAUCAUGACGGUGUUGCAACAGAUCCUAAAUAACCUCCAGCUGAAAGUGUUUAUUGAGAAUCAUGUUCUUUCUACCACUGAAAAAGUGACAUGUAAUCCUUCUCACGUUCGUUCGGUUUGUUUAGGAAGUAGAAAAGAGUCCCAGCUCAUUCAUGUUGCCAAUGCCACCACCAAUCCGGCGUUGAAUGCACAAAAGUCAGACUGCUUAAUUGUUACCAUUACAAAAGUCUUACCAGAAGCCAUGAAACUGGUCACAUCUCUUCCCGACGAGUUUCAUGUAAACUCGUUGCAUGAAUGGAUAUUACCUUCUGUUGAAAAUGAUUUGUUCAAGCAGAAUAAUUCUGCAGCCUGCUAUAUGGAUGUGUUGAAUUCUUCUACUGUGAUUCAAAAGGAUCCCUUGUCCAUGAUCUUUGCCUCUCAAAAAGAUAUGGUCGUGCCUGCAUUCUCCACUCAAAAAGAUCUGUCUGAAGUGGUAUUGCCUCAAUCCAUGCAAUCUCAACCACCAAUGCAAUUUCAACCGUCAGUACAACUGUCAGUGCAAUCUCAACCCUUGGCUUCUUCAUCAUUUCAGAAAGACCCGACCAACACCACAAUACUCUCUUCUCAAACUGAUGUUUUGACUCCAGUCUUCUCCUCUUCAGUGGGCUUGCAUUCCACCAUUCCAACGAUCCAUGAAUUUGAAGAAUUGAAAAAGAAGUAUGAAAGAAUUGUCGACAUUAAUCAUGAUCUCCAAUUCAAUAUGAAAAGGAUUCAACGAGAAUUGGAACAAGAGAAGGAUGAACGAAUCAAGUUGCAAUCCAAGGUUGAUCAGCAUCCCGAGAGAAUGAAUACCGUUCGUGAUAACUUGUGUAAGAUGUAUGUUGAUCUUGGAAAUAUUAUAACCUCCAUGUCUAACACAACAACCAUUAUAAUUGGAGACGAGAAGAAGGAAUUGGCCUCAGACGAAUUUGUUAAUUUUUGUAAGAGGAACCAAUUUGGCAAGUGUGUGUAG